UGUAAAUCGGACAUCGUUUUACAGUUAGCAAUUUCCGUUUUUCCAAAUUAGACAACUUGGACGGAUUUAAGACGCUGCACUGACCAGCCGCCCUGCGAACCCGUGACCCAACCUGAUCCGCUUUCCCUUUAAUGUCAAUUGAUGCCAAUGCAAGUAUGGCGAAAUUUAGCGAUACGAACUCACACGAGAUGACAGAGAAUCAUGUCGGUAAGCGAUGCAAUAAUCAGUGGGUGCGACUGAACGUGGGCGGGACGUACUUCCUGACAGCGAAGACCACCCUGGCGAGGGAUCCGAAUUCGUUUCUCUACCGGUUAUGUCAGGAGGACUCAGACCUUAUUUCGGACAGGGAUGAAACGGGAGCGUACCUGAUAGACCGCGACCCCAUGUACUUCAGUCCAAUCUUGAACUAUCUACGCCAUGGUAAACUGGUUAUCAACAAGGAUUUAACGGAAGAAGGUGUGCUGGAGGAGGCAGAGUUUUACAAUAUCACUGAACUCAUUCGGCUAGUCAAAGAGAGAAUCAUUCUGAGGGACACUCGACCGCAGAGGGAUUUCAAGAAGCACGUCUAUAGAGUUAUCCAAUGUCAUGAAGAUGAGCUGACACAGAUGGUGUCCACAAUGUCGGACGGAUGGAGAUUUGAACAGUUAAUCAACAUAGGUUCUCAAUAUAACUAUGGUAAUGAUGAUCACGCGGAAUUUUUGUGUGUGGUAAGCAGAGAAUACGGACCUAGUCAGCUCAGCAGUAAAGAAGAGGAAUCUACGGAUCGCGUCAAGGUACCACUAUCCUAUUCGACUGUCUCCCAUCCUUAUUUGAGCCAAAGUAGCCAUGGCUGACGCGAUCAUUUUUGUUUUUGUUGUAUCCAAGCUGAUAUACAAUAUGAUAGACGCUGAUUUAUUAGCUAUUCAAUCAUGUUUUUAUUAAGUACCUUUACCAUUUUUAAGUAAAACCAUGUAUCCCCUAAGUAAUUUGUGUCGGUAUUAUUGUUUUCCAUGUUGGAUCGCAUGAGACAUUUAUUAAGGCAAUAAACAUUUAUUUACAUGGAAAUGCAAAUGCUUUCCUGUCUGAAUGAAAAGAUAUUAUAAAUUUCCAAGCACUCCAUAAGAGGUAUCUAUUAUAAGCUGAAGAUCUACUCUUGCAAUCCAACAUUGAUUUUUCUUGAUUCUAACGCUAUUGUAAAAUUAAAUAACACAUUUUUUAUCAGUUCUAAUAAGAUAAAAUUAAAAAGAGCAGUAUUAUUUUUGAUAUUAACAAUUUGCCUCUACUGAUUGUUGGAUUGGGUUGGGUAGAAAACCAAAGAUGAGCUUUAUCACUAUAUACGCGAUAAAAAUGAUUUAUAUAUACACAUUUAUUAGAGAUUGAAUUUUAUCUCAUGUUUUGUCACUUACUACGCUUAAUUCAGCAAUACAUUUUUCUGCAUAUAAUAUUCUUGACAAUUGCUUAGAAUUGAAUUA